CAGGCUCACACCCACCCCAUCAAGCCAUUGCGCACUCGACCGCCUCACCCACCUCCCCAUUUCCCACCUCCCCAACACCAAACAAUCCCCCCAACCCCGCAGUCCGUCUCCCAUCGCCCCACACAUCCAGCACCCAACCAUGGCGCCCAAAAAAGGCAAAUCCAAAGACGCCAAAGACGCCCCCAGCGACGCCAAAGACGCGAAAAGCAAACUCAAGCCCGCAACCAGCAUCAACGUGCGCCAUAUCCUGUGCGAGAAACACAGUAAGAAGGAGGAGGCGCUGGAGAAGAUUCGGGGCGGGGCCAAGUUCGAUGAGGUGGCGAGGGAGAUGAGUGAGGAUAAGGCGCGGCAGGGCGGCUCGUUGGGCUGGAAGGUGCGUGGUAGUCUGAUGCAGGAGUUCGAGAAGGUGGCGUAUGAGCUCGAGGUUAGUAGUACGGGGGCGCCGAAGCUGGGCGAGGUGAAGACGAGGGAGGGGUAUCAUAUUAUUAUGGUUGAGGGGCGGAAGUAG